AUGAGAACUUGGCAACAAAUUAACCUAGAAUUGCAUGAAGUGGUUAAUUUAAUUAAGAAUAUGAAGUCAAAAAAACAGAAAGAGGUUCAAGUAUAUAUAGUAAAUGCUAGUUAUAAACCAAUGUCACCUAUUUCUAAAGUAAAUACAUCUCCAAAUAGUAGUGACAAAGGAGGAUCCUCCUUUAGUAGUAAUAGCAGUAAAUCAGAUAAUAGUAAACCUGAUUUUGUUUUAGUAAUG